UGUGCGUUACGAGCAAAGGAAAGACAAUUCUAUUUUCUUUUCUCAUUAUCAAUAACUUUUUACAGCGCCCAUCGUAAGAGGGGGCGUUGACGCCGCUAUCGCUUGCAAAGCAAUGCAGCUCUUGAAGUGUGCAGGGAGGCACGCUCGUAAAGUUCGCCUGUUAGAAUACGCCUCCCUCACACGUUGUGCUGGUUUGCUUGUUGACGUUUGUCUGAAUUUGGCGACGCGGGUGGCUUCGUCGUUUGUCAACCUGUUCAGUCAAAAGCAGUGAGUUACGACCGCCAGAUAAUUUUUUACUUUAGUUGCUUUCGUGUGACUGCGCAGACUAACGGGCUUGGUGUUUGACGAUUGAACCAGAACUCCGUACGUAGAGCUUUCGUCGCCCUCCAAAGAAAUUAUGUUCUGUUCAGGGGUGUGAUUUCGACACCCGUACGGCUGACCGUUUUUUUUUUUUUUUUUUUUUUUUUGCCUCGCUUUCCGCGCUGAAAGCUCGAAACGCCCAUCAAGUCGAAUGGCGGGGCAUUUGAAUACACAGCUCUGGUGGCAGGCCACGAAAACAAAUUUCGCGUCUUUGAGAACAAAAUGACGUCGACUUCUGUUUUGAACGGACAUGGCAUCACAUUUUUUUCUUCCGCCGGAAGUGUUCCCUCCACAUACGGAUGGCGCUAAGCCCCGUGAACAUCUGAACAACCGCCAUGUUUUGAACGUAUGGGCUUCUAUGGAGGCUUCGCUACCAGGUAUAUUUACCUUGCGCAUGCUACGUGGUCGCACAACACCGCGCCACGGUGCGUUGUAUCUACGCUUCACCAACAUGCGUCGUAUCUGCGCCUAAUUCGCCAACGUGCACCUGAAGAGCAUGGAUGCGUACAAGAGGGACCUUGAGUUGCCUAUCGCGUGUUUUUAACUUGCAGUGCGAUGCGACAACUAUUUGGUUUUAUUCGCCUCUCCCAAAUACUCUGCACAAGUACAGCGCUAUUUUCUGCGGAAUACUCGCCGACAACCGGCCACGUUUGUGAACGUCUUCUUUUGGAUCCAUAUGGCUCAAGAUAUUCCGCGGGCCAGUCUAUCAAGGUCAUUUUCUUGUGAAGUAUGUUGAACUCGAUCAAUGUUUUCAGUUAGUCCGGGUCUUUUUUUUCAUUUUUGUUAGCGCCUUUUAUCUAUACUUCAUCAUCUUCCCUUUUUUCCCUCUCCUUAUGUUACCCUUCACACCUACCCCAACACGGAAUAGAACACAUUAUUUCAGGACGACUUCUCAGCUUUACCCUCGCAGUCUCUCUCUCUCUCUCUUGACUAUAAGAUCAAUUAUAUUACCCACAAUACUUGCUGUAGCAUCUUAUAAAAGCGAUGCAUAAGGUGAGAUAAAGAAAACUGUUGGCCGCUGUGCUGAGAUACAACAUGCAGCCAGUUACAACUUAAGGACUGUUUCGCUGCUUCAAGAGAGAGAGUGUACUUAAUGAAAAGCUGAGUGGCUUCGCAUGGGUAUGAUCGCGUUCAUCGCCCCUCAGCGAGAAGUGCAAAAGCCAACGGAACGAAAGGAAAACUCGCCCUGGCAACUAGGCACCCGACCAACAUCACAGACUUGACUUUCCUGUCACACACGUCGAAUCACUCACUUGGCGUUCGCAAGGACGCUACCCUCCACCAAAAAAAACAAAAAAAAGAAACACUCACACACACAUCAGGCAAAGCGUGCGAGAAAACCCAUGCCAUUCGUUGAAACGUUUCCGUACGCAAUAACAUUCACGUACCCCUUGUAAAGUACCUUCUCUUCGCCCUCCCGCAACCUCUCCGUAUAUUUUUUUUUUUGUUCGUGUUGUUCCCCGUGUUUUUCGUCUUCCUCGGCGUUUCUUCACUGCUCAAGGACUUUGGCCUCAGCGCGCCGUAAAUUUGUUCUCGACACCGUGACGUCACCCUACCGCCGUAUGCGGUUCGUUCUUGCUUUCUGACCCGUCCGCCGAAGCAGUGCCGCAAAGUCAGCGAGCAUAGCAGAAGAGAAAGUUCCAACUCGGCACAUCUCAAAGCGAGCACUGCGGCGUCAGACCGCGUGGGCCAUCGAGGCACGAGCGACUUGGGCGAUGUAGAAGAAGAAUCUUCCAGGCCUCCGACAUGGCGCUCGCCCGUCUUGCGCUCUGCCUUGCCGGGCUCCUGACUGGACAGCCGUGGUCACUGGUGGCGACGCAGAGAGCACCAAGCCUGGAUUCAGUCAGAGGACACAGCAGGUGUGGCCUGAAUGCAGACACCAAGGUGGUCGACGGCGCCACGCUGUCCACCAACAAGUACCCGUGGGUGGUGCGCAUCUCCACCUACUACACGCCCAUCGAGGGGUUCGACCAGAACGGCACCGACUCGUGCUCCAUCCUCAAGACUGAGAUGAGCAAGAUGAGCAGCGCCCGGCUGGUCAGCAAGAACAUGCAGACCAUCGUGUCCCUGUGUGGCGGAACGAUGAUCACCCGGAGGCACGUGCUCACGGCCGGACACUGCCUGCUACCCGAGGAGUUCAAUCCUCGCUACGUGGUCCGGUACGGCUCGUCCCGCACCUCCCGCCAGGCGACGGCGUUCGUGAGCAAGGUGUUCAAGCACCCGAACUGCCACCUCGUGAACCAGGACCGCGCCGUGGACGACAUUGCCAUACUCGUACUGCGGACUGCACUGCCUGUGUCCCCGGUGUGCCUGCCCCGAGCCGGUGCACCACUGCCCUCGCACGUCACCGUCGCCGGCUGGGGCAACACGAUACCGAGCAUCGACUCCCUGCAGCUGCCUGAGCUGCUCAAGGAGGCGCAGAUGGAGGUGGUCUCCAAGGACAGGUGCCAGGAGGAACACUCGUACGCAAACCUGACGCACCAGAUAUGCGCCCAGCCGGCAUCCGGCUUUCCGGGAGUGGGGGACUCAGGUGGCCCGCUGAUGACCAAGGGCUCGUCCGGCGAGUGGACCCUGGUGGGCGUCGUCUCGUGGGGCAACGAGACCCGGUUCCGGUCCUCGCCCUUCGUCUUCUCGGACGUCUCGGCGCUCCUCACGUGGAUACACGACAUCGUCGCCAUGCCCGUCUGGUAGCCGCAGCAGGAGGAACUGGACACAUCGCGUGCGGGGCGGGCCAUGGCUGGCCUAAUAAAGGGAGUCACCGGCGUUGUUUCAGUUUA